CAUCGACACAAGUUGCAGUAUUCAACAUAGUGGACAACAUUCACAAACGUGCAACGAUUAACACUGACCUGUCAAUCGCGGCACUUACUGUGACAGCGCACCUUUUUCACUCUGCUGCUCCCAGAUGGAUGCAAGAUCUGCCGAAGACACGAAUGCACAGUGGAAAUGUCGAGGCCAUCACCGUGGAGCCGCAGGACGACAUUUGGCUAUGGGCGGACGGGCCUCCUCUCAAGAUCAAGAAAUACUGCGGGCCACUUCCGGCAGCCUUAAAAUCGUGCAUCGACCAAAUGCGAGGCGAAAAAGUCACACCUGCAAAAAUUCGGGGACAAAUAAAGAGAGUCCUAGAUGAGCACGAAAAAGCUGAGGAAGAGAAAGUCGAACAAAGCGCAGGAGGAUUAUUUCUACCACUACAUGAGUAAAAUAAAAAGCAUGAAAUGAAUUAAAUUACAACAUCCAUAGACCAAAUGACAGAUAAAGUUAGACACAACAGAAAAAGUAAGACAACAAGCUCAGACCCACACCAAACUCAUUCAUUUAACCGAAAGCAAGUAGAUUAACAACAUAGGAGCAACAUACUGAAAGUUGAUUAUUACAAGUUGCCUCCAAUAAGACAAAAUGAUCCCCACAGCCGUCGAUAGUUCUCGGAUAUUUACCACCUACAAAAAAAAAAGCAUGCUAGUGCUACUGCACUAAACACAUGCCAGAUAUCA